CGUGCCUCCCCCUUUUGGAGCCGCUCUGGGCCAGCCACAGAGUCGCGGCGGGCUGGCGCGGUGCGCAUGCGCGAGCAUCCCCUUUUUCUGCCCAGCCUGGCCGGCUUUGGGGUGCUCCUGAUUUAGGGUGCAGCCUUUGGGGAGGGCGAUGUCGGCGGGGCUCUGUGGGGCCGGGUGCUGCUGUUGCUGCUGCUGCGGGGAGAGGGAGAGCCGCACCCCCGAGGAACUGACCAUCCUUGGAGAAACGGAGGAUGAGGAAGAUGAGAUUCUGCCCCGGAAGGACUACGAGAGCUUGGACUACGACCGAUGCAUCAACGAACCCUAUCUGGAAGUCCUGGAAAGUCUUGACAGCAAGAAAAGCCAGAGGUAUGAAGCCGUGAAGUGGAUGAUGGUCUUUGCCAUUGGUGUCAGUACAGGGAUGGUGGGUCUGUUUGUGGAUUUUUUCGUACGCCUUUUCUCCAGACUCAAGUUCCGCAUCGUACAGAACUCCGUGGAAGAGUGCAGCGAGAAAGGCUGCCUGGCAGUCUCUCUGCUGGAGCUGAUGGGCUUCAACCUGACUUUUGUCUUCCUGGCCAGCCUUCUGGUCUUGAUCCAGCCUGUGGCUGCCGGUUCUGGAAUCCCGGAGAUUAAAUGCUACUUGAACGGAGUGAAAGUUCCCGGGAUCGUUCGGCUCCGGACUCUGGUAUGCAAAGCCCUCGGGGUCCUCUUCAGCGUAGCCGGAGGUCUUUUUGUUGGGAAAGAGGGUCCCAUGAUCCACAGCGGGGCCGUGGUUGGAGCUGGUCUACCUCAGUUCCAGAGUAUUUCUUUGAAGAAAAUCCGGUUCAACUUCCCUUAUUUCCGCAGUGACAGGGACAAAAGAGACUUUGUCUCGGCCGGAGCUGCGGCCGGGGUGGCUGCCGCCUUCGGGGCCCCCAUCGGAGGCACGCUCUUCAGCCUGGAAGAAGGAUCCUCCUUCUGGAAUCAGCGGCUGACGUGGAAAGUGCUGUUUUGUUCCAUGGCGGCCACCUUCACACUCAAUUUCUUCCGUUCGGGGAUUCAGUUCAGGAGCUGGGGGGCUUUCCAAGUCCCCGGGUUGCUGAAUUUUGGGGAGUUCAAGUGCUCGGAAUCGGAUAAGAAAUGCCACCUCUGGACGGUGGCUGACCUGGGGUUUUUCAUCCUCAUGGGCGUAGCAGGGGGCCUCCUUGGCGCCACUUUCAACUGCAUCAACAAGAGGCUGGCAAAAUACCGCAUGCGGAACGUCCACCCCAAACCGAAGCUGGUCAGAGUCUUGGAGAGCCUGCUGGUGGGUCUAACGACCACCCUGGUGGUUUUCAUCGCCUCCGUGGUCCUCGGGGAAUGCCGGCCGCUCUCCUCGGCCAACCACGGGAACAACGUCUCGGUCGGCCUGCAGGAUUCUUCGUCCAAUGAAGUGAAUGCCAGCAUCCGGACCUUUUUCUGCCCCAACCAGACUUACAACGACAUGGCGACGCUGUUUUUCAACCCUCAGGAGUCGGCCAUUUUGCAGCUGUUCCACCAGGAAGGUACUUUCAGCCCGGUCACGCUCUCCCUGUUCUUCCUCCUCUAUUUCUUACUCUCCUGUUGGACUUACGGGAUUUCGGUGCCCAGCGGGUUGUUUGUCCCAUCGCUGCUCUGCGGGGCCGCCUUCGGACGCCUGGUGGCCAACCUCGUGAAAAGUUAUAUCGGCCUGGAUCACAUCUAUUCGGGCACCUUCGCCCUGAUCGGCGCCGCGGCCUUUCUGGGCGGGGUGGUGCGCAUGACCAUCAGCCUCACCGUCAUCCUGAUCGAGUCCACGAACGAGAUCACGUACGGGCUGCCCAUCAUGCUCACGCUCAUGGUCGCCAAAUGGACUGGGGAUCUCUUCAACAAGGGGAUUUAUGACGUUUACGUCAACCUGCGCGGCGUGCCGCUGCUGGAUUGGGAGACCCAGGCUGAAAUGGACAGGCUGAGGGCCAGCGACAUCAUGGAGCCCAACCUGAUGUACGUCUACCCCCACACCCGGAUCCAGUCCCUGGUGAGCAUCCUGCGGACGACGGUCCACCACGCCUUCCCAGUGGUGACCGAGAACCGGGCCUAUGAGAAAGAGUUCAUGAAGUGGGACCAGCUGAUCAGCAACAAUAUUAAGUUCAAGAAAUCCAGCAUCCUCACCAGGGCCAGCGAGCAGCGGAAACGCAGCCAGUCGAUGAAGUCUUAUCCUUCCAGUGAGCUGCGGAACAUGUGCGAGGACCACAUCGCCACGGAAGAGCCGCCGGAGACGGAGGACAUGCUGCAGCAGAUGCUGGAGCGGAGGUACACCCCUUACCCAAACCUUUACCCGGAUCAGUCCCCCAGCGAAGAGUGGACCAUGGAAGAACGUUUCCGGCCGCUGACCUUUCACGGCCUCAUCCUGCGCUCCCAGCUGGUCACCUUGCUGGUGCGGGGCGUCUGUUAUACGGAGAACCAGUCGAGCGCCAGCCAGCCUCGUCUCUCGUACGCGGAGAUGGCCGAGGAUUACCCCCGCUACCCCGACAUCCACGAUUUGGAUCUGACGCUGCUGAACCCCAGGAUGAUUGUGGACGUCACGCCGUACAUGAAUCCGUCCCCUUUCACCGUCUCGCCCAACACUCACGUCUCCCAAGUCUUUAACCUCUUCCGGACGAUGGGGCUGAGGCAUCUGCCGGUGGUGAACGCUGUCGGGGAGAUCGUCGGCAUCAUUACCCGGCACAACCUGACCCACGAGUUCUUACAAGCCAGGCUCCGGCAGCACUACCAAACCCUCUGACCGUCGCCGCCCGUCCGCCCGCCUUCCUCCCGCUGUAUGUCUCCGGGCUGCUGCUUCGCUCCCUGGCUCGCCCUCCUGCGGGCCGCCUUCCUGCCCUUGAGAACAAGGCAGGCUGCAGUGUUCUUCUCGUGGGAGGCUGAGGCUCUUAGGAGCCGAGGAGACGCCAGGAUUUCUGCCACCCUCACUGGCUCAUCGUGGGAGCCCUCCCUGUUGGCUUCCCCCCCUUCUGUGUGAUCUCUCUCCUUAAGCUGCCUUGCAAGACGCACCCUCAGUUUUCCCAUCGACCGCUUUGGGAGGAAUCGCGCCUCUGCUCUGCUCCAGACAGAAAAAGCAACCCUCUCUUUCCCCACUGACUUUGCCUCCUGUGCUUAUCUUGCCUUAAUUUUAAUCCCUUUCAUUUUUCCUCCUUGAGGACCAGGUGUGAACCAAUACAACCUUCCCUCCCACUUCUGCACUUAACCAACAGUUCUUCAGCAUCACUUAAGGCUGAGAACAGGAGACACUGUAUUUUUUUAUUAUUAUUUUCUUGAGAGGGUUGUGUUUUUUUAAUUUAUUUUUUUAGGAAAAAGACUUUGGAACUCCUGAGAUUCUCUGUCUGCUUUGCACAUAUCCAUCUCUCUCCCCUCGCUUUUUUCCCCCCUUUGAUUUGUGGCUGCUUGAUUUUUGGUGCAUUCUCCUUCAGAGGCUGGGCAGGGCCUCACACGCGCACGCACACCCCGGAAAGUCUGUGCUCCAGUGACGUUCCAAGGAAGUGUUCGGAUCUCCUCAACCCUGGGAGAGGAUGAUAGAAGGGGGGAAAAAGAAAGGAAAGGGAGAAAAACACCAAGAGAGAGAAAAACGAACAGUGAUCGGGACAGUACUUUUUACGUGGAUGGAAGAAUGGAGGAAGUGAAGUUGGCAAAACGUUCAGCGAUUUGCAAAGGAGCAUGUAUGGAUGGGUAAGAUCAUUCUCCCGCCCGGCGCCUCUUGACUUGCCAAACUGGUUUUAUCCAAAUCCGCCUUUUCUCACGACUCGCCUCUUUCCAGUAGUGUCGGAUUAAAAAUCCCAUAUCUGCAGAGGAAUGGGAGUUGUAGUCACGCCACCUCGGAAAGGCUGCGCUUCUCUCCAUCCAGCCUCUGCGUUUCCUGGACUUGCCAUCCGUAUGAGUCCUUUACCCACCCCAACCCAAAUUAUUUGUGUUUUCCUUCCUUUCUCUGAUUACUUCCCCCCCCCCAAUUCUGAAUUUGGAUUUGUGUCACUCUCUUGUUUUGAACCAAGAGAGAGAGUGUUGCCGUUUCAUCCCUUCUCCGGACGCUGGACGCCAGCUCCGAUUUUUCAUCGAAAGACCUUAACUAGCAAAUCUUGCCCCGGGGGAGAGAGAGAAAUCAUUAAAAAAGCAUAAGUAGUAAACCCAGGCAAGACCGGAAAAAUUCUGGACCAGAGUGGGGAGGGGAAGGGAGGCAGAAAGAAUAGCAGGAGAGCCAUCUCCGGGAGCGGCCGAGAGAUCUUUCCCAUAAUAGUCACCCAAAGGCUGGAGCCAGCCGCAGCCGGUCUGGGGCUUCGAGCGAGUCCCAUCCCAGCCCUGCCUGGCGCGAUUCCGGCAGGCUCCUGCCUUUGUAGGUUUGUUUUUUCAUUUUAUUUUUGUCUCAAUCAAUUCGUGGGGAAGCCGGAGUCGUGCAGGAGCUGUUAGCACUGAUCGCAUUGAUAAAGCACAAUGCGGUGUGUGUUUUGCACUCAUAUAGACAAGGCAGAGCUGGAGAGGAAAUGCAUUCUAGGAAAAAGGGUCCCUCUGCCCCUUUCUCUUGCCUCCACCUUCGGCUAGCUUGCCUGUUCUGUGCUGCUCUGUUUUCCAGGCGCUGCUGGCCCUGAUUUGGCUCCAAAUGGGGGUCUUUCUCACCCUCACCCCUUCCAAAAAGGAUCAUGUGGAAAACUGACCCUGUUCUUUACAGGGAUCCACGAGUGUGGUGUCCCUAUAAAAAGUCCCACGUUUGGGGCUUCAGCCUCCCUUCAAGAUGACUCCAAAACUUCCCAGUGUUGGGGUUCCAUGUUUCGUGGAACCAUGGAGGAGAAACUGUGGUUCUUGGUUGGCCGGCGAGAGCGAGGAAAAAAACGAAGAGCCGGUUAAAAAGAUCUGGAUCUUUAGAAAAUGUCCUGCUGGUAUUUGUCUUCCUGGCGUUCCCUGCCCAGAAUUCGGGAGCGAGGCACCCCACCGAACCCGUGGCCUUCGGCCAUCGCUCAAAAGCAAACGAGGGCCUCGCCAGCGGGUUUUCUGAGAUCUGUCGCGCGUCGAGCCAAUUAAGGCUCGGGCAGCUCCAUCGUUGGUCUCGAGGGCCGUGGGUUUUUGACAAACCCUUUUCCCCUUCCGAGUGGCUGGCGUUUGGCAUCUUGCCCAGAUGUUGUCCUUAUUGGGCAAAAACAUUCUCGCGCGUCCCCACCUGCCUUGGGGUGUCUGUUUGGGGUGUGUGUAUGUGAUGAAGCAGCAUUGUGUCUCACAGCCCUGACCGACAUGAUGAACGGUCUUCUCCCUUAACGGCGAUGUGGGGUUUGUUAAAAGUGACAGCCGACCCUGAUGGUGUCAUCUUUCUGAACCUUUUCGCCCUGGGGCUUCCGCGCUGGCUGUCGCCGGGCGGUGGUGGGUUUGCCAGCUUGAUCAAUGUGUGGGGUUUUGCUAAUGGGAGCUGUGUGUGUUGUUUGAUGUGUCUUUGUGCUGUGCCUCCAAUUUGAAGGUUCCUGACACCACCUGCAAGCGUCAAGAUGUAACUCUGUGUAUCUUUUAAAAGCCAGUACUGUAUUAAUUUACACCUCGCGGGAACCCUGGAGGGCUGGCGCAUCGUUGCGUUGCUCGCUCUCCGAUCUCCUCAGUGCUCCUCGGCCAUUGGUAUGCCAGUUGUUGGUGUUUUUAAACUACAGUGCCCAUUAGCCACCAGCCCCAGUGGUUGGGGGUGCUGGGAUAUGGAAUUCUGAAGCACCCAGAACCACCAGCGUUGGAGAGCCACCCUCUUUACACAAUAGUAUCCCGAGGUAUCGCCCCCCUCCCUGUGUGAGAGUUGACCCAUUCCAAAACAGACCACUCAUCCCUUGGAUUUAAUUUAAUCUCUCCUGAUGGUCGUUUGCGACGCCAAUUGCACUUUUUUUUCAUUUGGGCAAAACGAAUUUUGUGGUAUUGCACACAAAUGUUUAUUUUUUUAAAAAUCCUGCCUAGAUUAUUUUUUGUUAUUAUUAUUUAUAUUUGAGCCCUUUUGUUGUAAACCCACAACUGUUGGUCUCUUUAAAACCACCACUACAGGCACAUAUGAUUAAAAAUAAAUUUCCUUCUGUGUGUGUCUUCACAGUC